AUGCAUCACUUGUACCCCCUGGCGAAGGGCGACCCGCUGUGCCCGCUGGGCUUCCACCCGCAGGUGCGCUGGCCGACGCGCUGCAAGCGCUGCUUCCGCGACUACAAGGAGCACGGCGGGGUGCGCAAGAAGGAAGACGACUUCACCGUGUCUACGCCCAGCCUCUCCACUUGGAACACGCCGUCGUCACGAAGUCGUGAUGAAGACAAUGGCGGUGAAGCGGAGAAGGUGGGGCGGGGGUGGGCAUCUAGUAGCAACCUUAGCACAAUCGACUCUCCCAAGAAAGACGCCUUCUCCACAGGGUUCACAAGAACCAGUGCAUCGUGGACGUCGACGCCGGACCUGGGGGCCAACGAGACCGAGAGUACGAACGCUGUCACCGUCAGUCUGAAGCUGCCCAAGAGACGACUAACGGGACCAUUGCCAUCUUUAGAUACAGGGCAGAAUCACACUUCAGAUACAGUGACACUGCGACGACCGUCGCCAUCUCCUCCGCCGGCACCUGCGCCGGCGCAAGCACAAAUUACUAUAAACAAGAACGACUCGCUAGCUGAACGCGUGCGAAAGAUGCAGUUAAUUAAAUCUCAAAAUAGUUUUGAAAAGGAAUCAAGUAUAGAAAAAGAAAGAGAGAGACGAAGUUUAUCAAGAAGUAAAGAAACGUAUCAUGAAGAAAAACCUGCGCGACCGAAAGAAGACAGAAGUUCUACAAAAGAUGAUGUCAACUUUAUGAUGCAGGUGAAAAAUUCACGUAACUCAUCAGCAAGUGCCAAGCCUCCUGUUAGAGGCGGUCCUUCACGAGAUAAAGAUGACUCUGAUGAUGACGCCAGCACUGCAGGAACUGUCACCACCGAGACCACACUCGUCGACGCCAACGUUAAGGAAUAUCAGGAUCAAAUCGAGAGUUUGAAGCAAGAAGUGGAUACGCUGAAGAAACGAUGUGAGAGAGUGGAGAAGGAAAAAAGUGACAUUCUACUGCGAAGGCUCGCGAACAUAGACUCUGUGAACAAGUACACCACAGGACGGUCCUCAGAAGUGCUCAAAUUGCAGCAGAAGGUCAACGAGCUGACCUCACAAAAUGAGGACCUCAAAGACGAGAAGAAACAUCUAACGUUACGAGUCAGAGAAAUUGAGAGUGAACUUGAUUCUCGUCCCUCAAUAGAAGCACAAACUCGGCAGAUAGAACAGCUCCGUGCGAAGCUGUUGGCUGCUGAAACGCUGUGUGAGGAGCUGAUGGACGAGAACGAGGACAUGAAGAAAGAACUGCGUGACCUUGAAGAGGAGAUUGAGGAGAUGCAGGAUAACUUCAGGGAGGACCAAGCCGAUGAAUAUUCGUCACUCAGGCGCGAACUAGAGCAGACCAUAAAGAAUUGUAGAGUUUUAUCGUUUAAGUUAAAAAAGACUGAAAGGAAAGCUGAUCAGCUGGAGCAAGAGAAAGCGGAACACGAGAAGAAACUUUUAGAGAUAGUGGGUGGCCAAGAUGGAUUACAACGGGAGAACCGCAUCAAGGAGUUAGAACAAGAAGUCGCGCGGUCCACUGAAGUGGCACUGAGGUUGCAGAGGGAGCUUUCCGAGGCUAAUGCGAAGCUCGCUGCGGCCUCUGGAACUCCUCCCGCCAACCUUAAAAAGAACCAACUUACGGACGGGAAAGUAUCACGGUCUUCAUUAACUCGCGGUGGUAGCCAAGAAGACCCUGCACAACUCCUCAGAGACCUACAGGACUCGCUGGAGCGCGAGGCUGACCUUCGUGAACAGCUUAGGAACGCCGAAGAAGAGGCUAGUCGAUAUCGGCCACGCGUCGUCGGCAAGAGGAUACGUCCACAACUCAUUCCACAGUCACCUAAAUCUGAUCCAAUCUCACCUCAAAAACCCAUCAGCGAUAGUGAAGUGCUAGAACCAAAUACGAUCCAAAGAAUACUUGAAAUGCAACUAGCUUUAGAAAAGAGUUUGUCAUCACUCGAUAGUAGCCCAUCAUCCAUUGGUGUUAACCAGGUCACUCAAUCCCCACAAGAUCUCAUUACUAGUUAUUCCGAAGGUUGCCAAACGGAUACUAUUUUAGUACAUGAUGUGAUGACAGACACUAAAAAGAUUACUCUUGAUUCGAUUGUGCAAAGUACAAUAGAUAUAUUGGAAAUGUAUACGCAAACAGAAGUAGCGUUUAUGAAAAAUAAACAUAUGCAAACUGAAUUUAUGAGAAUGAAUAAUUUUGUGCAAACUGAAAAACAGAAAUUAAGGAAUGCUAGUGUGCAGACGGCGGCUAAGUUGUAUGACCAUAAAGCUCUACAAGCUGUCAACAACUAUAAAGAGUUCGUGGACGCUAGCACACUAACUGAUUUAAUUGACGAAGAUAAAGUGCUUGAUCGAGAUCUUCUAAUGGAUACGCUAGAAGUCAAUGAAAUAUUCAGUAGAGAUAAAUCUGAAAGUCCUCCCCUUACUCCAGAUAAAACACCAGAGUCCCGUUCUCCCUACCCCAUGCCCUUCGUAUCACUGUUCAGUCCGCUGGCAGCAAAUAACUUACGUAAAACUGCGUCACGGGUCGAGGACGACAAUGAGUCCUUGCUUCUACAGCUGAAGAAAAUGGCUACCAAGGCCAGAAGCCGAAAGCUGUCUCCAACACCUCCUUCAAAUAAACUCGGUGUUGAUACUAAUGAAAAAGAUGCCAAAACAGACGACGAAGAUCCAGCUGAGUUACGGCUCUUACUUGAACUCAAUGAACAGGAAACAACGGUUUUACGAAAAAAAGUUGAGGAAAUGGAACAAGAAAAAGAUUCGUUGAAAAAACAAGUGAAAGAGCUUACUGAUAAAAUUGCUAGUCAGCCCAAAAAUAAUUCGACCGUUACUCUUCGGCGGGCCACGAAUACCAAGAGCAAUAACUUAGCAGAAGAAAAAGUAAAAGUAUUAGAAGAUGAAAUUGCCGAGUUAAGGAAAAAGCUUAUUGAAAAAGAAAGAGACUGUGAGAGGCUACAUGCUGAGCUCAGUCUAUCAAAGAAACCAAAAGCUUCACUUAUUAAGAGCAAAUCACUGGAUGGUGACCAACAAAAUGUCGAUUUGAAAAGACAACUUCAAGUAAUAGAACAAGAAGCGAAUGUACUUCGCGCCAAGACGCAGAGUUUAGAAGCUGACAAUGAAAAAUUGCAAUUAGAAAACAAGAAAUUACAGCUACUCAAAAACACUAAAACUUUGAAAUCUGACAAAUCGAUAGAACAGAAUGCAGCAAAAAUAACGCAACUAGAAAAUGAACUAAAAGAAGCUUUAAACAAAUUAAAAGAAUUCGAAAAUAACAAAGAUGACAAGACUGAGAAAAAAGUCAGAUUUGGUGGAGAAAUCAACAACAAAAAAGAUGCGGAUGCAUUAAAAGCUAAACAAGAAGAAUUAGAUAAAUUAAAACUAAACUUCAAUAAGCUCGAGAAAGAGAAAGCCCAAUUACAAGUUUCAUUGAAAGUCCUGAAAGAAGACGCAAUAAAAUCAUUCAGGCCAAGAGUUCCAAAGAAACCAACGGAUUUAACGACUAAACUUCAAAUGAAGAAAAUGGUUGAAGAGUUGGAAAAUGAAAUUGGGGAAAUGUACGUUGUCAUGAAAAAUGCUGGUCUGUCGGGUAACGAAAUUAACACCAGAGCUCAAAUGGAGAAAGAUAUUGAAGAAAUUAGAUCUAAAUUAUCCAAAAACAACUCUGAAUUCACAAACGAGAAAAAUCGUUUACAAACUGAAAUUGCUAAACUAAAGGAUCUCAAUGCAAAAUUAGAAACUGACAAAACUGAAAUAAAUGGCAAAUUAAAAUCUCUAGAAAAAGACAAUAGCAGUAUAACUGGUCAAAUAAAAACAUUGCAAGAGGAUAAGAAAAGUUUAGAAGCGCAAGUUAGCAAACUAAAUAAUGAACUGAAAAAUGCAACAUCCCUACAAACUACUAUGUCCGACUGUAUGAAGAAAAUAGAAGAACUUAAAAAUGAAAUUGAUGUAAAAGAUAAAGAAAUUGAUAAGUUAAAGAAGCAAGUAGAAAAUUUGAAUAAAUUAGAACAGGAUAAACAAAAAUUGCUCAAAGAGGUCGGAGACAAGGCCAAAAAGAUAGGUGACUUAGAAAAGAAAUUAAAGGAUGCAGAAGACAAAUGCAAACGUGUUGAAAAACAAUUAGCUGUACGCAAAGACAAGGUGGCUAAAUUGGAAAAGGAGCUCUCUCAAGAAAAGGAACAAGCAGAAGUACUUGCCAACAGCCAAAGACGCAUCUCAGUAGAUUUUACUAGCGAGAAAGAUCAAAUGCAAACAAAACUAAUUAAGACUGAAAGCAAACUCAUAACACUAGAAACGGAACUGAGAGAAAUGAAAUCAGAUUACGAGUCUAAAAUAACUAAUUUGGAAUCAACGAUAUCUGCAAAAGAUAUUCAUAUUAAACAACUGGAGGAAGCUUUACGAGAUACAUCUAACCAAAAGUAUGAUGAAGCUAUAUCGUCAGUAGAAAUGGCACAAAUGCAAGACAAACUGGAAAGAACUACCAAGGAACUAGAAGAGAAGCAAGAAGAAUUAACAAAUGCUAAGAAGGAGCUAGAAAGUACCGAGAAAGAACUGUCGAUCGUCAAGUCAGAGAUGAUUCAGUUGAAAUCCAGUAUUUCGAAAUUAGAGAGCGAAAAGAAAGAGCAUGAAAACAAAUUGCAAGCAGAAAAGAAGGAGUCGAGUUACUGGGAGAGCAAGGCUUCCGAACUUGAAACUGAUUUGCAGGCUGAACGUAAGAAACUGGAACGUAUGCGCAAGGCUCACGAUGUAGAUAUCAAGAAUAAAGAAGCAGAAUUGGCUACUCUUAAAGGUAAACUAAAAGUUCUAGAACAAUCUUCAGGUGCGGGCGCCAAGAAGAUAUCUGAUCUCAAACAGGAAUACGAGGAAACUGUUAAAAAAUUGGAGCACUCUCUCGCAGUAGAGAAGGCGGAAUAUGAGGAAUUGACGGGCAAAUAUGAGAUCUUAGAAGAGGAACACGUAGUCACUAAGGCAAGGCUUACUGUAGAAAAGGAGCAAGCUCAGGGUGAACUUAUACACGUCCAGAAAGAAUUAGCCUCAGCGUUGGCCGAAAUCAAAACUCUACAAGAUAACUAUGACACGCAAUCUUCAGCGUGGACUAAAGAAAAAACUGAACUGCAGAACUCUAUUUCAUCGCUACAAGAUCGUCUGUGUGGUGGUGGUUGGGAAGUGGAGCGCGCGCGCCUUAACGCUAAACUCGAACAACGAGAGCGUGAACUGCGCACCGUCAACGACCAACGAGACGUUUUAGAGCACCAUCAUGAUCAGGCGAAGAAAGAGUUGGAGGAAGCAAGAAAGAAAUUGGAAGACUACGAACGUGUUUCAAAAGUACAGAGGACUUUAACGACAGAAAAUGCAGAAUUGGAGCGUGAACUGUCCUCUCUGAAUACAAGACUUGAACAAGCUGACGUAGCUAGAAAGAAUGAGUUAGCAGAAAUGAAGCUUAGGUACGAAGGACAGAUGAACACUAUGAGAGAUGAACUCAAGUCUUUGCACAAUCAGGUGUCAAGGUUCAGACGCGAGAGAGACAAUUACAAACAAAUGUUGGAUGCUGCUCAGAAGACGAUGUCAGAAAUGAAGAAUGGUGAAAAAAGUUCUAGAACACCAAGGCAUUCAAUAUCUAGUACUGAUGAGGAGGAAUAUCGUAACAAAGUGGCAACACUGGAACAGCAGACAGCGUGCCUAGAGGAUGAGCUCUGCGAAGCAAGACUGCUAGCGUCAAAACUUAACACAGAGCUCAUCAGCGAGCGCUCCGCAGCUGAAGUUCGAUUCGCAGAAAUGCAGUCUAGGCUCAAUGAGUACGAAGAAGAGCGUUUGCUGACAUCCGGUAGAGCGCGUGUGGCAGGUCUAGCGACACGUAUGGAACUGGCGUGGCACAAGGAACGUGAUGAACAACAGCGCCUACUGCAGGAAACCUCCACACUCGCCAGGGACUUGAGGCAGACACUCUUUGAGAUAGAACGCGAACGAGAGAAAGAAAGGUUAGACAUGAAGAGAAGAAUAGAUCAAUUGAAGAGAACUACUGAAGAAGAGACGGAAGAAGCUAAAAAGAAGGUGACAGAACUACAGUGUGAUCUGCUGGAGCUUCGAGACGCGCACGCUAAGUUACGUACUGCAAAUGAGAAAUUGCGUCGCGAUAAGGAACGACAUGACCGAGAUCGGGACCAGAACAAACUUCUUGUUGGUUCACUCAAACGUGCCCAACAGGAGGAUGACAGGAUAAUAACGCAGCUUCUAGAAACUAUAGACGACUUGAUGAAGCAGAGUCCUGACUUGUUCCGCAAUGAUACUCCUGUUAGACCAGAGAAGAACUUGCUAACACCUACGCCACCAAGACGAAACCGGUCAUCGAAGUCCCGGUCUCGGUCGGCGACGCCAGAGAACGGUGUAAGCGCAGUGGACGCGGCCACGACUGCAGCGCGCCUGCGACGCCUUACUGAUGAACUGCGCGCUUCACGAAUUGCCGAGAGGCAACGACGACACCAAGCCACUGCUAGGAGAGCGAUGUCGACUGAGCCUCGUGACACACUGUCCGUAUCACCAGCUACGCGCACUCCAUCUCGUGCACCCUCGCUGAAAAAACGAUCCAUUUCCCUUGAACAGACUACAAAGGAUCAGAGCCUAAUAUGGAAGUCGGUGGAUGAGAGCAGCGUGUCCUCAAUGCAGUCGUUAGACGGAGACGCGGACAACCGGCUGUUCACUAUGCAACGAGAUGCUAGCCUAGACAGUCGGUUGUCCGGUGGAUCAGCUCAAAGCGAAGUACUCCCAUCAGAAAAGAAGAAAAAGAAGAGCAUCUUCGGAAAAUUGAAAAAGCUGACCAAGUCUCGUUCUAUUGACGACCAAGUUCACGACAGCACAGAGCAUGUGGAGUUCAGACCUAUUGGCACGGUGUCUCAGCAGGGAUCGGAUUCAGACAUGAGCGCAGCGGGAAGCAAGCGUGACCUGCGAGGACGCCUCUCUGACAUGUUUAGCAGAAAAGGACCAAUGUCACGCACAAACAGCAAAGAGCUGAGCCCGGAGCGACCGGCAAGUGCGAUGGGCAAUAUGACGAGCUCGUCCCGGCCGCCACUACGCAACGCUAGUAGCUCCACACUGGCCCGGGCCUCGCCUGCUAAACCGAAUGAUGUACCGCGGCCAGCCAGCGCAACGCCUGCAGCCAAGAGGAAAGGGAAAUAA